AUGUCUCGAAAUUUAUUACCAUUCUUAUACCAAACGAGGACACUGCAACUGGGUUGCAGACGUCCCGCUUCCAUUCUUUUCACACAAAAAGCUGGUGUGGCGACAACGUCCUGUCGAUCCGGAAGAUUCGAUAAUUCAAUCCCCUUCGAAUUUGACGAGGAUGAGCUGGAACCUAGUGGGAAGCCUCUUGUAAAGGAACAAGGGGAAGAAGAUGCUGGUCCAGAUGGUACCCUUACACCGACGGAAACCGAAAUCUUCAAGAGUAUCUUCGAUGAUAUCUCUCAUGCCCGGUUACGUCAAACCAAGAAGCCCGCUCAGACCGGAGAUACUCAGCCUACACCAAAACCAAUUGAAUCUGACCUGGUAAAGGAGAACAUAGGAAACACUCUGGUUGAAAAGGCUCGAGGUGCCAACAUGGAAUAUCUAAAAAAGUAUCCGUCUUCGCUGCGAAAGGCUGCAGAGAACGCUCUUGGCAAGUUUGAGUCUGCGCCCAAACGUCCUAAGCUUUACAACUUGGCUGAACUGGACAAGGAAGAGAAGACUCAGGCGCGGAAAUGGAAAGAGUACGAAGAACGAAAGGAAAAGGAACACGAAAGAAUUUCCAAGUUGAUGAGGGAUUGCAAGACCGACGUCGAGUUGUGGGAUGUUAUGGAGAGGGAGGUUUUCUCCCUUCCUGAGAAGCUGGGCAUUGUCGAAGGACCAAAGAUUGAGACAAGGGGACGAAAGCCCAAGAAUGCAACCGCAGCACAGAAGACAAAAAAGUCCAAAGCCAAAGAGGAGACCAAGGAUGCCAGCAUUAUCAUGGAUGUCCAUGGACACCUAUAUCCUCAACUACUCUCCUAUGGCCUACAGCUUCUGGACAGUGCAUUUGAAAAGCCCUCUAUGCUGGCUUUUGAUGUCUUCCCCCGAAUCAAGGAACUUGGUCUCUCCUCAUACGUGCUCGGCGUAUCCACGCCCCUUUUCCUCAAGCUCGCUGAUAUUCACUGGAAGCGCUACGGCGACGGUGUGGCUGCAUUUGAUACCUUGGAUGAGAUGAAGCCACUCGGCAUCUUCCCGACCCAACCCGAUAGGCUUUUGGAAGUUGAGGAACUGGUCAAUAGGAUUUCCGAUCACCUGCACGGUUGCACUUGGGGAGCUCAAGGUCCGUUUGUCAUGGCUAUGAUGCAGGGACCUCCUUUUGAUGCUACUCUCAUGGCUCGUAUUGCACGCAUGAAGGGCAUGAUUGCGAAGAAGCACUUUUACAACGAAAGGGACGCGCGAAACUUGGCGCGGGACGAGGCGGUCAAGAGCCAGUAUCAAGAGGCUGUACAAUAA